UGCGAUGGGAGAGGAACGUCGGAUUUGGUGUCUGUCCCCCAUUUCCAAUUAUAGAUGGAUCAUUACAGACAGAGCAGUACUGAGAAUCCAGACAUCUGCUCUUCACAUGAAUGCACUCACCUCCUAGAGAACAGGCUGCCAUCAUGCUCUGGAAACUGGUUGAAAAUGUCAAGUACGAAGAUAUCUAUGAGAUGUUAGUCCACACCUAUUCAGCCAUGGACCGGCACGAUGGCGUCCCCAGCCACAGCUCUAGGCUGUCCCAGCUGGGCUCCGUGUCGCAGGGACCCUACUCCAGCGCUCCUCCGCUGUCUCACACCCCAUCCUCGGAUUUCCAGCCGCCCUAUUUCCCGCCCCCCUACCAGCCUCUCCCCUACCACCAGAGCCAGGACCCGUACUCGCAUGUCAAUGACCCGUACUCCCUGAACCCUCUGCACCAGCCCCAGCAGCAUCCUUGGGGCCAGAGGCAGAGGCAAGACGUGGGGUCGGAGACCAGCUCGCUCCUGCCCCAGCCGAGGGCCGCCCUGCCUCAACUGUCGGGACUUGACCCCCGGCGGGAUUACCACUCGGUCCGGAGGCCAGAUGUCCUGCUCCACUCGGCCCACCACGGGCUGGACUCCGGCAUGGGCGACAGUCUGGCCCUGCAUGGCAUUGGCCACCCGGGGAUGGAAGACGUCCAGUCAGUUGAAGAUGGCAAUAACGGCGGCAUGAAUCUAUUGGACCAGUCUGUCAUUAAAAAAGUUCCGGUUCCUCCCAAGUCUGUGACUUCUCUGAUGAUGAAUAAGGACGGCUUCCUGGGAGGGAUGUCCGUGAACACGGGCGAGGUGUUCUGCUCGGUCCCCGGCCGCUUGUCCUUGCUCAGCUCCACUUCCAAGUACAAAGUGACCGUAGGGGAGGUGCAAAGGCGACUGUCCCCUCCUGAAUGCCUGAAUGCUUCCCUCCUCGGGGGAGUCCUCAGAAGAGCCAAAUCGAAAAACGGGGGGCGAUCUUUGCGAGAGAGGCUCGAGAAAAUCGGUCUGAAUUUACCCGCCGGCAGACGCAAAGCCGCAAAUGUCACUUUACUCACCAGCCUGGUGGAAGGAGAAGCCGUCCAUUUAGCUCGGGAUUUCGGGUACAUUUGUGAAACGGAAUUUCCAGCCAAAGCAGUCUCGGAGUAUCUCAAUCGGCAGCACACCGAUCCCAGCGACCUACACUCCAGGAAGAACAUGCUUCUGGCCACCAAGCAACUUUGUAAGGAAUUCACAGAUCUGUUGGCCCAGGACAGGACCCCCAUCGGGAACAGCAGGCCUAGCCCCAUUUUGGAACCGGGCAUUCAGAGUUGCUUGACUCACUUCAGCCUCAUCACCCACGGCUUUGGGGCUCCAGCCAUCUGCGCUGCCCUCACGGCUCUGCAGAACUACCUGACAGAGGCUCUCAAAGGCAUGGACAAGGUGUUCUUGAACAACAACACCACUAACAGGCAUACGUCUGGGGAAGGACCAGGUAGUAAAACUGGAGACAAGGAGGAAAAACACAGAAAAUGAAACUAAAAAACAAAACAAAACAAAUUUUAAAUAAAAAAGAAAAAAAGAGAAAAAACAUUUUAAUUUUAGCUUUAAAAUAUUGGAUUGGCUUUGGAAGAAUUAUAUUAGGUAGAAUACACACAAACAAAAGUUAACCAAAAAAAAGAGAAAGAAAGAAAACUAAAAAAAAAUUAUCAAAUCAGAGGCCCACGACGGAGCGGCACCACCGGCGCCCAGUGUUAAUUUCAAGAUACACUUGGAGACUACCGCCCGGAUUUUCCACUUCGGUUCUUUCGAUCUUAAUAGUAAUGAGAAUGAAAGAAAGAUCAUUAUUUUUUUUUCUUUGGAAAAUAAACUUAAGACAAAACGUAAGAAAACAAUAACUUAUUGGAAGAAAAUCGUAGAAACAUUGGUUUCGGUGCUUUGAGAUCCGGUUGGCUGAGAUGCCCGACCUAUAUUUUUUAGAAAAUCUGUCUCUCUCUGUCUCUCUCCCUGUCUCUCUAUGUCUCUCUCUAUCUCUCUGUCUCUGUGUGUGUCUGUGUGUCUCUCUCUCUCGUUCUUUUUCUACUAGGAAAAUCUUCGGGAAUGAAACUAUUGUAUCUGGGACUUCCCCCAUACUGUUUGAACUCUCUCACACCCAAUGCCCUUCUUGCUUAAAUUGUUGGCGCCCCGAUUACUGCUCGAAUGGUUAGGGUUGGGGGUUGAGGAGGGUGGGGG